GGAGCGGCCGCGGUCCCGGCACUGCCGGGAACUGCGGGAGGGAGAUGAGCGACGCGGAGCGGAGGCCUCUAGAGCGCUCCCCGAGCGUCGCGCCUGGCCCGGUGGAAGCUCGACCCCUGGUCGCGCGUUCCGUCCCUGCCGGGUGUGUGGUAUUGAGCCGGGCUGGAGGUGCUGGUUGGGCUUGCGGGAUGAUGAGUAGCGUCGAGUCUGACUAGCUGAAAGCCAAGUUCUCAGUAAAAACGUUAAAAUUAAUUGGGAGGAGUUCUUCCUGCAUCUUAACAGGUAUUGAAUAAAAUAUGCUGUUAUCAAUAGGAAUGCUGAUGUUGUCUGCCACUCAGAUAUACACUAUUGUGACUGUGCAGUUGUUUGCCUUCCUGAAUCUUUUACCUGUGGAGGCAGAUAUUUUAGCAUAUAACCUUGAAAAUGGAACCCAGACAUUUGAUGAUCUACCUGCUAGAUUUGGCUACAGACUGCCAGCAGAAGGCUUGAAGGGAUUUCUAAUAAAUUCCAAACCAGAGAAUGCAUGUGAACCUAUAGCCCCACCUCCACUGAGAGACAACUCCUCUGGUGCUUUUAUUGUGUUAAUCCGAAGGCUGGAGUGCAACUUUGAUGUCAAGGUGUUAAAUGCCCAGAGAGCCGGAUACAAGGCAGCCAUAGUUCACAAUGUUGAUUCUGAUGACCUCAUAAGCAUGGGAUCCAACGACAUUGAGAUUUUAAAGAAGAUUGACAUUCCUUCUGUCUUUAUUGGUGAGACAUCAGCUAAUUCUCUUAAAGAGGAGUUUACUUAUGAAAAAGGUGGCCAUGUUGUGUUAAUCCCAGAGUUCAGUCUUCCUUUGGAGUACUACUUAAUCCCUUUCCUAAUAAUAGUAGGGAUCUGUCUUAUUCUCAUCGUCAUAUUUAUGAUAACAAAAUUUGUUCAGGACAGACACAGAGCAAGAAGGAAUCGGCUUAGGAAGGAUCAGCUUAAGAAACUUCCUGUACAUAAGUUUAAGAAAGGAGAUGAAUAUGAUGUGUGUGCCAUUUGUCUGGAUGAAUAUGAGGAUGGAGACAAGCUCAGGAUCCUUCCGUGCUCUCAUGCGUAUCACUGCAAGUGUGUGGACCCGUGGCUGACAAAAACAAAAAAAACCUGUCCUGUGUGUAAGCAGAAAGUGGUCCCUUCCCAGGGGGACUCUGACUCGGAGACAGACAGCAGCCAGGAGGAGAAUGAAGUGUCUGAGAACACUCCUCUGCUCAGGCCUCUGGCCUCGGUCAGCACACAGUCCUUCGGGGCUCUGUCAGAGUCCCAUUCCCAUCAGAACAUGACCGAGUCCUCGGAGUAUGAGGAGGAUGACAAUGACAAUGUUGAUAGCAGUGAUGCGGAAAAUGGGAUGAAUGAAGAAAGUGUAGUGGUUCAGCUGCAGCCCAGUGAGGACAGGGAGUACAGAGUGGCAAACACUGUCUGAGACUACUAAUGACCCAUAGGUGUAUGAACAAAAGGGUUCUUGAGGCUAUUUACAAACCUUUGCAUAGGGAAUCUCUUUUAAUCUGUAAUCCAUUUGGUUUCUUUGAUAGGAGCAGCAGUUCAUGUAGUAGUACUCUGGUUAAAUCAUUACAGGUAGAUUAUUUUUGAUUCAGGUAUUCAGUCACACAUUCUGUCUUCUCAAAACCAACAGUUAAACUGGACUUCACAAUGCUAAUGAAUAAUGUUAAUAGUUUAUAUCAAUUGAAAUAUCGCAGAGACUGUCUCCUGUUGAAAUGGGAUUUCUCUGGAAGUACUUUUAUUUCCAUUUUGUAGCUACAACUGGGUCAUCCUGAGAGCAAUAUUUAUUAUAUGUAGAUAUGUGUUACCCCUUAGGCCCAACAAAAACUGUAUUUGCAUGUUUGUAUAGUUUUCCUAAAAAUUGUCACCACUGCUGAAAGGAAAAAGUAGAACAGACCAAUAUUCUAUGUGCUGGUAUGUUAAAGCAGAAGAAAUUCCACUUUUAUCUCAACACAGUGAUUCCAAAUGAUCCUUUGGAGUUUGCCAUGGUAGCUGAGUUUAAGCAGUUCUAUUGGGCAAUUCCCAGGAUGAGGAAACUUAGAGUAUAUGUUUAGUUUUGAGCAAUUCACAAGGUCAGGUCCACCAUAAGCACAUUAUUAUCCCUCCUUGCUGCUACUACCUUGUGUGGUUUCCAGUGAGGAGGUGGGAGCUGGCAGAUAACCAAGACAGAGGUUUUGUUCCACACAGAAAAAAAAGUUUAGGGUAAGUAAUAUAUUGAUCCUUGGCUCAUAUACCUCUUACUAAGAGCAUUUUAUGCUGCAUUAGUCUGCUAAACUGUAUAUAAAAAAAUGUUCUUUUCAAAUACCUGAUUUGAAGACAAGUGCUUACACCAGUCUCACAGAACUCAGUACUUACCAGUGUAUCACAAAAAAAGGUAGAUUCUAUAUAAUACCUCUGUAACUAUGUAGAAAGUAAAACCAUGCAUAUACUCAAAUGGAGAUUUUUUUAUAUGGCCUUGACUAAGGAAAGCUUGAAAGAAUGUUAAUAAACAUGUUUUCCACUUUAAA